AGUCUCAGGGUUCAUUUGAAGAUCACAUUCUAAACCAAAAGAUCAUUGCAAAGCUUUUGGAUUCUUCGAGCUUCUUCAACAAUGACUCUCUCCCUCCGAAUCGCUCCGUCACCGACGUCCUUCCGUUACUCUCCGGCUCCGUCCACCCCCUCCGGCGUCGGAUUACGUCCGGUGAAGCAGCGCUGCCGGAUCCCGAACUCAGGCGUCGCCGCGAAAACAGGAUUCUGUUCUGGCGUUGGUGGUGUUUUAGAUUCCGGGAAGAGCAUCAGCGGUUCCUGUGUGGCGAGGUGUAGCUUAGAAACGGUGAAUGUCAGUGUCGGCGAGGUGACGGAGGUUGACAAGGACACGUUUUGGCCAAUCGUUAAAGCCGCUGGUGAUAAGCUUGUUGUCCUCGACAUGUACACUCAGUGGUGUGGUCCGUGCAAAGUUAUGGCUCCUAAAUACAAAGAGCUAUCAGAGAAGUACCAGGACAUGGUGUUUCUUAAGCUUGACUGCAACGAAGAAAACAAGCCAGUGGCACAGGAGCUAGGGAUUAGAGUGGUUCCAACCUUUAAGAUCUUGAAGGACAACAAGGUGAUAAAGGAAGUGGCCGGGGCUAAAUUUGAUGAGUUGCUUUCAGCCAUUGAGGCAGCGAGGUCAGGCUGAGCCUCUCUGUCUCUACAUUUCACUCCAUGCUGUAGAGUAUUAGGACAAUUCUCCAUCAAUAUGUGUGUAAACUCUCUGCUGUUCCUGAAACUGGAUUCAGUUGUAAUGUAACAGUGUGUGUAUAAACGCUGGGAAGUUAUGAAAUAUGAUGAGCUAUAUGCUUUAUAUAUCAGAAGUUUCAUUAA